AUGGGCUACUGCUACGGCACAAUAAAAGCACACAAACCGGGGAAUAAGCUUAGACCCAUCAUUUCACAAAUCCCUACCCCCACCUACAACAUCACGAAGAAACUCUGCAAGAUAUUUACACCCUAUGUACCAGCAACAUACAGCCUGAGCUCGGCAAUAGAUUUCCUGGACAUCCUGAAGAACAGCAAGACAAAAAGAACCAUCGCUUCACUGGACGUCGAGUCGCUGUUCACUAACGUACCUGUCGACCGCACUAUCAACUACAUCAUCGAACGAAUUGAUAGAGAUGACACGAAGCCGCCACUAGAUGUCGCUGAAGAAGUCUUACGAGACCUGUUACAAUGUUGCACCAAAGAAGCACCCUUCACCUGUCCUCGAGGACAGAAAUAUCAGCAAGUAGAUGGUGUAGCAAUGGGAUCACCACUCGGAGUCCUCCUGUCAAAUUUCUUCAUGGGCUGCGUAGAAGAAGUCUUCAGUAAAAUCAGCAAAUCAGACGUCUACUGCCGUUACAUUGACGAUAUCUUCAUCAAAACAAAAGAGGAAGAGGAAAUUGAACAUCUAAGAACCUACCUGCAAGAGACUUCUGGACUAAACUUCACCAUAGAGAAAAGCAGUGAAGGAAAAAUGCCAUUUCUUGACGUGUUAAUCACACAAACUGAAGAGAGUUUCUCCACCAGCCAAUCAAACCAACUAACACAGUGUUUAAAUGGAGGAAGUGAGUGCCUCCAACGCUACAAAGACUCGACAUAA